AUGGAUUUGAUUUCUGGAGAUGAAAACCUUAGUUCAUCACCAGAUUGGAGUGAGUUACCUUAUAAUACAAUUAUUAAUUUGUUUUCUAUGCUGACUUAUCGCGACCGAGCUAGUUUGUCAUCUGUUUGUCGAAGAUGGCGGUCUUUAGGCGCUUCUCCAUGUUUAUGGCAAUCACUCGAUCUUCGAUCACACAAAUUAGAUAUCUCAACGGCUAAUUCGCUUUCGAAUAGGUGUGGCUCUCUUCAAAAACUCUGGUUUGAAGGUAUUGAGUCUGAGGAGGUUAUAAUUAGUCUCAAAGCCAAUAAUUUAGUUGAGUUAAACACUAACUUCAGUGAUUAUAAUUAUGCUUUCAAUGUUGAUGUUACUUUAUCAAUUAUUGUAGCUAGGCAUGAGAUGCUUGAAACCAUCCAACUCGGUCCACAAUGGGGUAGACAUAUUAAUUGUGAUGGAAUCAAAGCAAUUGGUUUAUGCUGUCCCAAUCUUAAGAAACUUUGGCUUUAUAGUGUUAAUUACAUUAGGUCAGAAGCCAUUCAUACUCUAGCUAGCAAUUGUCAACGUUUGAUAAAUGUCGCCUUCAUGGAUUGUUCGGGGUUAGAUUUUGAAGCGCUGACGAAUAUAGUUUCGGUUCGAUUUCUUUCUCUUGCUGGAUCAGAUAAACUGGAGUCAGAUGAAGUUAUUGAGCAGUUGAUUAAGUUUCCAAACUUGAUAGCUUUGGAUGUUUCUAGAACAAAAAUUAAUUCAAGGGGUAUUUCUAAGUUACUCUCCUGUUCCCUUACAUUAAAAGUUUUGUGUGCUAUAAAAUGUCAAGCUCUUGAAAAUGAUACCAAUUUUAACCCUAACAAUGUCAUGGGUAUAGAGUUGAUAACCAUGUUGACUCGCGUACCCGUACCUAUGUCGUUGUCUCCGGCUCUUAACCAUGAAGAUAAUGUUAUGGCAUGGAUUGAACAAGUCUUAUCGCAUUCAAUCAUUCAAAUAAUUGAAUCAACACUUUCACAAGUUGGAUUUUUUUGGGACAACCAAGGAGCACAUUUAGUGACCUAUUUAUUAAAAAGUUCACAAGAAGAUGUCCAAGAGAGAGCAAUUAGAGUACUUGCAAAAUUCUUGAUUAUUGAUGAAGAAGAAAAAUCAUUAUAUAUUGGUCGAUCAAAUGCAAUUGUAGACGGCGGUGGAAUAAAAUUUCUUUUAAAUUUAGGGAAAUCGUCUAACGAGAAUGUGCAAAUAGAUGUGGCUAAGGUGAUAUUUAUUUUGGGUUGGGAUUACACAAUUUCAAGUGUAAUUGGAAAAGAAAGAGGUAUACAAGUUUGUUUUAACAUGGUUAAUUCAAGAAAUAAAAUAGUAGUUGAAGAGACUACUAGAGCACUAAAGAGUUUGUCUGAACUUGAUGCAAAUAAGAAAAAUGUUGCUGAAACAUUAGCAAACAUGGCAUCUGAUGAAAAAAUAAGCACUGAGAUUAUUAAAAAUGGUGGUUUAAAGGCACUUUCAAUCCUUACUCAGGAGUGCAUGUCUAGUUCAGUGUUGGAAAAGGCUGUUCUGGCAUUUGCUAAUUUGGCGGGAAUUGGGUAUUCGAAUUGUGAAAACAUAGAACUAGAACAUGGUCUCUUUCAAAGACUCGAACAACUCAUCCUCUCGCCCCUCGAUAAUGUGAGACAAGAAGCUGCUAUUGUACUUUGGAACUUGUCUUCUAAUGAAAAUAUUCUAGGAUUAAUUCAAACACAUGAUUUACUUGGAGCUUUGUGGGAUCAAUAUAGUUGGUGGAUAUGA